AUGUUACUGGACAUGGUUUCUGUAGAAGGUGGAAGAAUAUCAUUAAUCGGCUGCAUGAUACAGAUGUCUACAUGCCUUUUCCAGGGACAAACGGAAUGUAUCCUUCUUGCUGUAAUGGCGUAUGAUCGCUACAUUGCAAUAUGCUUCCCCUUACGGUAUACAGUCAUUAUGAGCUGGAAGUUGUGUAAGAACAUUACUGUGAUUGUCUGGGUGGGGAGCUUUCUACAGACCAACCUUCCUGUAAUAACACAACCUCCUAAAUUCUGCCAAGAAAAACAUAUUAAUCACUUUGUUUGUGAGAUCUUGGCCGUUCUAAAACUUGCACGUGGUAACAUUCACCUUUUUGAAAAAAAUAUAUUUUUUGGAAGUUUAUUUACACUUUUAGUUCCUUUUGCAUUUAUUUUUGUGACUUAUAUCUGUAUUAUAUUAUCAGUAUUGAAGAUCCAUUCUGUUGAUGGAAGGAACAAGGCUUUUUCCACAUGUGCCUCCCAUCUGACUGUAGUAUGUAUGUUUUAUGGAACUAUGCUAUAUAUAUAU